UACGUGAGUCGUCUCGUGACAACAGGAAGGAGGAAUGAAAACAGUGUGAGGAUGCUGCUGCUUCUUUGACACUUUUAAUUUUUCAUUUGUGGAAAGCAACAGACAACAAUGACUUCUUUAAUAAAGGAAACAGAAAGCAUAAAAGAAGCGGUGACUUUCAUCAACGCGAUUGAUGUGAACAAGUUCUCCAGGCUGAUCUCACGCAUCAUACAAAAGCUUCAUCUGAAGGGAGAGCGGACAUUCAGUGAAGAGGAGGAAGAAAAGCUGCAGGCUGCUCUGUCAUUAGAUAAACAGGCGCUCAGUCUAGUCCUGGAAACUGCGGCCUUCAUGCUAGAGCAGGCAGUGUAUCAUAACGUAAAGCCGGCCUCUCUGCAGCAACAGCUGGAGGCGAUUCAUCUAAACCCAGACAAGGCUGAGGUGUUCUCUCAAACCUGGGCUACGGCUGGACCUGAGCUGGUGGAGAAACUAAAGCACAGUACCUUUGCCCCAAAGAAGCUGGAGUAUGUUGGCUGGCAGUUGAACCUGCAGAUGGCCCAAUCUAGCCAAGCCAAACUGAAGUCUCCCAGUGCUGUCCUCCAACUGGGGCUCCGCAAUGAAGACUCUGAGGUGAUGUUGAUCCCAUCCUGUAGUCAGACCAGCUGGACUCUGCGUAAUGUAAAACAGCUGGGAUUUGAAUUCGCCGACAGCUGUGAGAGAAAAUCUGCUGAAAAACAAAGGUUAACAGAGGUUCAAGAAAAUGCCUUUAUUAAUUUUAACCACCAGGAGCUGCUUGAUUUCUACAACAAGCUUGAAAUCGUGCAAGGCCAGUUGGAUUCCCUGACUUGAUGCCUGGUGCUCUUUGUAUACACAAGCACACACCCCCACACCCACACAUACACUCAGUUUGUAUUUUCGCUGACAGCUAUGCCAGCUGUUAGUGGCCUAUCAAUUCCAUUCUUCCUCUGAUUUGUGAGAGAAAAAUGUCAAACCUUGAAGGAAGCAAUUUCUUUCCCCUUUGAGCUUCUUUUAAUCCAGGUUUGUGCACAACUUGGAGUGGUUGGCAUGAUAAAUCUGACCGAAUUUUUGAAUUUUUAUGUCUUCAUUACAGAGAUGGUAACUUUGUCAGUAUAAAUUACACUGAAACACAUCAUGUUCAGACAGUGAGUAACUAGCCCUUAAGUUAAAACAAUGUGUUAAAGAUGUGCCAAUAGUCAGUUUGUAUCCUUAGAAAAAGGAAGUAAAAAUAAGGAAAUUAAAUGUUAAUUUUGAGUUGAAACAAAUGGAUUUUGUAAGUCGGAGAAGGAACUAUGUCCAUGCCAUUCUAAUAAAAUCUGAAGUGGAGGUGAAAUCCAUCCAAGCUGUUGUUAUUUAGUGAAGGCUCAUUAUUUCUCAUUAAGACCAACCUGGACUGCUGGUUCAACAGAUGGGA